AUGCGUGAAGUCCCUGACGACCUCGUUCAGCCCUCAUGCACCGAGCCGCCCUCUGGGUAUGAUGUCAUCUCCAUGGGCUUGGAGGAUAUGAUCGCACACGCUCGCACUUCUCAAGAGGCAAUCAACAUUGUUGUCACCGGCCUUGAUUCGGAAUCACGCCAUGUGCAUGUAGAUAUCACUAAGGAUCAGCUUAUUCUCGGUCCUGACGAUCUUGCUGUAUCAGCAGACAUCGAUAGCGUCAUCUUUGUCACCAGGGAGCCGCGUUUCAUGAAGCCUGUCGCCAUAUUAACCAGCCCCGUCAUUCGUGAUCGCGCCCCAAUUUGGAAGAACAACCACGCUUACGCGGAGCUUCUUGUGCCGCCCUCAGAUGAGGACAGAGAUGCAGGAGGCGCACGAACAGACUGGCUUCUUCAACGUUUUGCUCUAAGCCGUGUUCCCCAUGUGCACCUUGGCAUUCAAGGUGGUCUCAGCAGCAUGGUCAACCUCUACCUCUUCUUUCCUCGAAUGACACACAAAGCCCCUUACUCACGGUUCUGGACGUCCAAGGUUCCAGCUCACAUUCAGUAUCUCAUCUGGGAGGAUGUCAUCCUACCAUCGCUCCGAAGUGUCAUUGGUGUGACAGAGGAGGUCUACGCAGGCUAUGACCAGGACCAUGUCAAAUUCAAGCAAGGUGGUAAAAGCUCGGCAACGCCAUCUUUCCCCUUGAGCAGACUCAAAUUUGCCCAAUUUUUGCGGGAGCUUGAUCAAAUGGUACAAUGCUGCUACGAAUUUCUAUCCCUUCGCCUUGCUCAUGCCAUAUUUCAGAUCAGAGCCCUUGACCAAGAAGGGAAGACGCAAUACGGGUCCUACUUCUUCGUCUUGGAGAACAAGGGGUGCAAGUCGUACUGCCGAGCGACAUAUGAGCCAGAGAUUGGCAUGGAUAUGGAGGACACGGUCUCCAGUGCAUUCCGCAAGUGCCAAGAGACGUUUGAUGGUCUUGAUUGGUCGUACAUGUUAGAUCCGUCGAAUGGCGGCGACCUGCUUCUAGACAUUGGGGUUAGUAUCCAUCCGAAGCGUCGUGGGGUAGUCGGACUUUGGACGCUGGCUGGGUUGGAGGCGUCAUACGGAGCAUCAGGAUAUGGCGCUGGCAACAUCCACCACGUCAACACAAUGGCAAACCAUGGCGCCUUGCAAUCUGAGAUGGGUCAGAAGCGGGCGGAGCAAACGGGUAUUGCGUUUCGACAUAGUUACAACUUGUGGUACGAGGUAGUCAGGAAGGCUAACAAUUCGCGGGACCUCUUCUCCGACAUGGAGGUUUUUGAUCGCAGCCCAAAGCACGUCGACCAAGUCAAGGGCCUAAAGGUUAUUAAGCGCAAUAUGGACGAACUUCCGCACGCGAUCAAACUUGUACUCAAGCAAUUGAAAUUUUCAACGACAAUUCAUGACGAUUGGAAGUGGGGAUCCACGGUCGCCUUCCGUGAUGCGGAAGGGGGGGUCAUCAUUGAGGACCUACCCAAUGAGCAAGUCCCGCCGUUAUCACAGGAUAUCUUGUCCAAAAUUCGCGCAGCUUUCCCAUCCGCCUCCUUGGCUAAGACCCCAGCCCUCGGCUCUCCUGAGAGUGACGACGACCUUGAUACGAACUCCCAGCUCGAUAGCGAUGAGGAAGUGGAAGUUUACGAGAUGGCUCUCGAAGAUGGCAUCACAACACAAGCUCCGACUCAGGAUGAAGCCGUUGAUGCGAUGGAUAUUGAAGACGAAGCGCGGAUCUGCGAUGAAGAUAUUCUGUCUAAGUUUUUGGUUCGGGAUCUGCUUACCCAACAGCAGACCGGCGGGGUUAAAGAACAGAAGGCCCAGGCGAUGGAGGACGAAUUAGCAUUGAUAGCUCAGCAACUCGAGCAAAUCGCGAUUACAACGGGGCCUCCUGGCGAUGACUCUCAUCAUUCCGUUGACCCAACCAAAGCCCCAGAUACGCUACGGUCUGAUAAUGAGAAAGAUGCCGACAUGCAGAUGGACAACAUAAUACUCUCCGUGCAUGCUAUCACCAAGCGUCUGACGCGGUUGGCCAUUGCCGAAGACCCUAGCUCAGCACCAGUUCGGAAGCGGCCUGGCCGUCGUUAUGGUCUUAAUUCUAUAUCUGACGAUGAGUCUACUGAGUCUGACAGCCUAUCCGAAGAAAGCGAAAGUGAUAACGAGGACAGCAUGGUCUCCAAAGACAAUGUCGUGAAAUCCCAGAGAUCUUCCAUAGCUUCAUCGGCAGAAGUCUCGGCCAGCUCAGACAGCGAGUUCGAGGUUGAGGCCAUCCUUAAGUUUAAGAAUGAUGAUGACGGAAAGCCCAUCUACUUUGUAAAGUGGAAAGGUUAUACCGACCGACACAAUAGCUGGGUUAGAGAGGAGGAUGCAGGAAACACCCAGGAUUUGAUCAAGGCCUUCUGGAAGAAGAAGAAUGCCACUUCUCCGUCUCACAACGAUGAAAGGCCCGAGAGAGAGACCUGGAGCACGUCGCGCAUGGAUGGACCCCUGGAUGUCACCGACCAAUUAAUUCACCUCGAUUUUCAUGGUCUUGUUUACAAUAAGCUCGUCAAACUCAUCAUCUGCGUUCAAUGUUCCCUGGGCCUCCCUUUCGGUAUGGUUCAUGACCAUCUCACCACAAAGACCUCGGUGCCUAUUGCAACGGACAAAGUGCCUGCCGCCUGCAAAAAGGAGACCGUGGUACAUACAUUGAAAGGUCCCAUGGCCAGCCUGACAGUUUUCACCGCAGCGUUGAAGGCUGUUCUCAAGCGGCAUGGCGUUGAGUUGGCUGAAGUUGGCGAUAUGCGCACUCCGGAUGCUUGGACUGCCCACUUCCAGGAGUUUCAUCGUCGCUUUCCCGAUGUUGCCCCCCGCAUAGAAGGCCUUCAAAUAUACAUGGUGCGUCGCUGCGCCACCUGUCGCCGCGCGUACACUAGUUUAAAUGUUUACAACAAACAUUUUGUCCGCCUUCCCUCUGGGUCCCGAGCUUGCUCCUUCAGCGACGAGGGAAAGCCCAUCAUGUUGGCGCAGCGAGCUGCGGACAAGGCCAAGGCUGCUUUCCGCAUUAGCAAGGAAGCUCCACCUACCCUACCCGCCGUUAUCAGCGAUAUCGAGGACGUUUCCGAUGUUGAAACCAACAACAAAGGCAAGGCACUUCCACGCACCAAACGAAAUGGCCGCAAAAGCCAAGGAAAGGGCGCCAAGGGCAGCAACGACGAGGCGGACACCCCUGAUCGCCCACAGAGGGGGACAGCUAUGGUACCCAAGGGAGAGGACAUCACUGCGCAAUCCUUCACGCGUGCAAAAAACCGACAAUUCUACUUUGAGGUUGACGCGAGCACAAAAGACGUGGGCACGAUCCCUGGGGCAAACCUGUUGAGCUGGGAGACGAGGCUUCAGGCUAACAGGGCUCGUAUGCGUGAGCAGGCUCAGAAGGCGACGGAUGGUGUCAAAAAGGACACCUUUGUUGAAACCGAGGGCAUCAGGGGGUUUCUCGAGCCUUUCGAUCCAGCAAUUGUAUAUUCUGCCUGCCAUAUAUCGCUACGGGGUGGUGGCUUAGGUAACCGCCUUCGCCGGAGGUUGGCGUCGCUGCGUAAAGGGAGUUCGAUGAACGACGUCCGCACAGUGCAAUCGUUCCAUUCCUCAGUCCGUUUUCUGUUCAAGGAUUGUUCACCCCGAACAAGACCUGGAACAGACUGGAAACCAAACCUGAGCGACACUUCGUUGGCAAUCUACACGGGAGUUCAAGAGAUGAUGAUAUGUGCUGUUGCGACUCACGUUCUGAAACCUAUUCUCGCUCGGAAUGGCAAAUCUGCGCUCUUUUGCCUCACGCCCGUCCAAGAACAAGCUACUCGCAAUCUCAUCCACUCCUUACAUGUCGACCGCACAACAGCACUUAGCAAGAAGGAAACACUCAUCGCUAUUGAAAGAAUGUAUGCCAUGUUAUACAGCAUCUACUUUCCGCCAUCGAGCACCCAGUUCCUCAAGCAGUCCUUCUCAUCGCCGCUUGUCGCCUUUCUUGCCACGCUGUGGAUCAAGCACGAUGGGACGUAUAUUGAAAUCCAGGAGUUCACACCGUACUUGGCGAAAGUCCAGUUUAUGAUGCGUUUGGCCGGUUUUCACAAAAUGCAAGAGUCCUUUGAGGUGGUUGAGCAAGGAGAACGUGAUGAGCAGGCGGAUUGCAGUUCUACUCCUCCUUCUCGAUCUGGAUCUCCACAGAGCUCGCUUCAGCAAGCGGCAGAUGUCUGUUUCUCCCCCAAGAAGCCAGCGGAGGGCUCCCCUGAUGGAGCAGUCGCCGAUGAGGACUUUCUUCUCCGGCAGGAGAUGAAGGACCUUCGACCUCGUCGUAAAUCCCUUCAUGAUUUUGAACAGGAGCUCGAAAACGAGGGCAAGACAGGUUCGCAAAGGUGGUUCUUAUUCGUCAAAACCUGGACAGCGACAUAUCUCUGGGAGUUCAUGCCCACCCCUUUUGCGACUUUGCGGGGCUGGAUGCAUACAGCCACUCAUAUUGUGAACCGCACAACACGGCGACCAAUCAUCGUCACUACAGACGACGCUGGGGGUACGGUUCAGAUCGGAGCAGCAACUUUCACGGUUGACGACUUUAUUGCUGCUAUUCAUCGUGAGCUCGAGCUACUGCUUGAGCUCAUCAAGCAAAUUUUGAUGGGCGUCGACCUCGCUGAGGAGGGCAUUCAGUACAACCCAUACACCAUCAAGGAUACAAUGGACGAGGCGACACCAGGGUACGGUAUAUUCAACCCGCUCGAAAACGAGGAUAGCAACAAGUUCUUUGCCGCUUUAAGCAAGUGCGGUGCCUUCACCAAGGACGGUCAACCAGACCAGGUCGACUCAGCAAAGAUUGUCGAGUGGCUGGCGGUGGUGGACGAGGCAUGGAAAAUACUUUAUCCCCUUCACCACAUGCUCUGUGGGCCAGUCGCACGAGGCACUGAAGAAGGAUAUUACAAUAUCGUCAAUCAGACUGGUGGUCGUCGGCACGUAUUCUAUACCACAGUUCAGGGCGCCCCACUAUUACUGCUUCGCAGCGACUACCACAAGAACCUCAAACAAACCUCGCUCGUGAAGGAGAUCCACCGAGUUUGCCCCCAUGUCCUAGCAGAAGCAACUUGGAUCCUUAUCCAGCUGGUUCGUCCAGUCGAGGCAGCCUUUGCAGCCGAAUACAUCAUUCCCCCGGAGCUUUUCGAUAAAGCAUCAGUUGAGUAUGCAAGCGGUCUUUACGUCUCGUUGGGCCGCCGGAUGGACAAUAUCACCAUGUCGCACUGCUUGAAGGCUUUCUUCGAAAGGCGCCUUCAAUGUUCAAUUGGAUUGCGCCUCUUCCGUCACCUUUCCAUUUUCAUCCAACGCCGAGAGCUCAGCAAAGCUCCAAAGGAUGACAAGGCCAAAGAACUUGUCGUUGCUGCCGAAGUGAUGAAUGGUCACACUGCGGACACUGGCGAGCGGAUCUACGCCCGCCUUGCCCAGAUGGGAUCAGGCUCAGGUAGUUUAAGGGAUGCUCAGAUCAAAAUUUGCCUUUUGAUGCAGAGAGUGUAUGGCGUCGAUUCAUUCCCCCCGCCUCAGAGUGCGAAAGGUCUUGUGAAACCGACGAAGCAAUCGCCGUUGUUGAAGCAAGAGAGCUCUCGUAAAGUGACACGACCCUUGAAGCCAAGGCAAGGGGCCGUCAAACAGGACAAGCCGUCUACGUACGCUGGGGAGGUGUCGAAGCCAGCUCGGCAGUUGCAGCCGGGAGCACAACGUGUCGACUUCAUCUUCAUCACGCAAGCGUCUUUCAAAGGCAUACAAUGGUCAGCUCCAUUUUCAUACCGUCGUAUCCACCACUCUAACGAAGUCCUCCGUGGCUUCACCUGUAUUGGCAUCAUCUCAUCCGCCCGCACCGACUUCGCGUUCAAACUGCUUUCACUCGCAGAACUUAGCCACCUGGUCAUCCUAAAUCUCACGGAGGACGUUUUGCCGACAAGCGUUGGCGCAACUACCGACGCCGGCGCAAUGUGCUUUGAUCACGUGUCAGAUAUUUGCAUUGAGCGUGAACCCAUCCACGAUACGCUCUCCUCACCUACGGAGCGAUCAUCCGAGCUCGACCUCAAUCUUUCCAGCCACCCCAAUCUAUCUUUGUAA